UUGCCGGCGGGUACGGGCGGGUGGAGCGGGAGGUUGUUAAUUUGUUAUUGUUCUUGGGACUCUUAUCACUGGCCUUUGUUUUAAUUAUUACCUUUAUUACCAGUUUGCUAGAUGUCCAUUAAUUAUCUCGCGUUGUUUCGUAAGAGAAGUUAGUGUAUUAUCAGUAGUAUUAUCGCGAUUAUGUUUUGUCAAAUAAAGUGAUUGAGCUAAUACUGCGUGAUAAGACAAAUUCUUAUUUUAAAUUUCUAUUAGACUUUGGAAUCUAGUUAUCUUCUAGUCAUGAGUGAGCGACCGCAACCUCUGAAGGCCAUAAACAGGUUCUUUGAAGGCAAGGAACCAUGGCAGAUUGUCACCAUGACUGCAUCUUCAGUCCUGGCCAUUGUAUGGGCCCACAGCUUGUACAAUGCAAAGGAGAGUGUCACCACAAGACUCCGAAAGCAGUUCUUCCGUUGGCUACGUCAGGUACCAAUAGUCAAGCGGAAGAUAGAUGAGAAGAUGGCGGAGAUCACCAAAGAUUUCAGAAAGGAUAUAAACAAACGACUGGCUGGGGUGACCGUUAGAACAGAGCUACCCGCGAAGGGGCUCGACCCUGAACUAAUCAAGCAAGAAGUUAGGGAUCAUCUUAGUUUGGGUGCAUACGAUUGGCGAAACGGUGCCGUAUCUGGCGCAGUGUACCACCUCUCCGAAGAGAUCAGUAAAGUGGCGUGUGAUACGUACGCUCUCACCGCCUACACUAACCCGCUGCACGCCGACGUGUUCCCCGGGAUCAACAAGAUGGAGGCUGAAGUGGUCAGGAUGGCCAUAAAUCUGUUCCAUGGAGACGAGGGAUGCUGUGGGACGGUAACAACAGGAGGUACAGAGUCAAUAAUGAUGGCGUGCAAGGCGUUCAGAGACCUCGCGUACAGCCGCGGCAUCAGCAACCCGCAGAUCGUGGUGCCGUCCACCGUGCAUUCAGCCUUCGACAAAGCCGCGCAGUACCUCGGACUCUCUGUCAAGACCGUGCCGGUCGAUCCGGAGACCUUCACCGUAGACGUCGAGGGCGUGAGGAACGCUAUUGGCCGGAGGACUUGUUUGAUAGUGGGGUCGGCCCCAAACUACCCUUACGGCACGAUGGACGAUAUCGUAGCCCUGUCGGCUAUCGCAGUGGAGUACGGUGUGCCGCUGCAUGUAGACGCGUGUCUUGGAGGCCUGUUAGCAGCCUUCAUGCCCAGCGCUGGGCAUCACGUCCCACUCUUCGACUUUCGCCUGCCUGGAGUAGCAAGUAUAUCCGCUGAUACGCAUAAGUACGGAUACGCUCCCAAAGGAACAUCAGUGAUCCUGUACAGGAAGGAGGAGUAUCGCCACCACCAGUACACCGUGACCACCGAGUGGCCUGGUGGCGUGUAUGGCUCGCCCACUGUUAACGGCAGUAGAGCAGGAGGGCUAAUAGCCGCGUGCUGGGCCACCAUGAUGUUCAUCGGCAAAGAGAGAUACGUGGAGAUGACCGACGAGAUUGUUAAAACUGCCCGAUACAUUGAGGAAGAAUUACGUAAAAUAGAAGGUUUGUUCAUAUUCGGCAAGCCGGCAACGUCGGUGAUAGGUUUCGGCUCAAAGCAAUUCGACAUUUUCAAAAUGGCGGAGCAACUGCACACAAAGGGAUGGAGUUUGAACGCAUUGCAGUUUCCGUCAGGCGUGCACAUAUGUGUGACGCACGCGCACACGGCGGCGGGCGUGGCGCAGCGGCUUCGUCGCUUCGUGUCGGACGCGGCGGCGGCGGCCGCGCACUGCAGGCGGCACGCCGGCGAGCCCGUGCACGGGAAGAUGGCCAUCUACGGCGUAGCACAAGAAAUCUCCGACAGGAGUCUAGUCUCGGAUAUCACAAAGUAUUUCAUCGAUUCUAUGUACUAUCUGCCUCAGCCUGAAGAUGAAUAGCAUUUUGAAACUUUCCAAAACGUUGACAUCCCCAGUAAUGGACACCGCACGGUAAAUUUACCGCGUUACGUAUUUUUUAUUAUGUUUUUCUUGAACAGCUCGAUUAGUCCUAUUUAAAAGUAUUUUCAGACAGCUAUAAUAUAUCUAUUUCAAGUUAAUUAGUUAUGGAGUAUAAAAAUGUAAGACUACCUACUGUUCUUUCUGCCUUUAGUGAAAUGUUAGUUUUUUUUUACAUAUUUAUAUUAAAAUAGUCGUUAGUAUUAAAUUAAGGACUAUACAAAUAUCUUUUUUAUACCAAUAGUUACGAAGUAGUGUACCAUCAGUAAAAAAAUAUUAUCUAUAUUAAAAAUAAUUGUAAGAAACUAAAAUAUUGUACCGUUAGUAGGAAAACCCUUUUAAUAAAAAAAUAUAAUUCUUCCCUUUAAAUAAGAACUUUAGCGGUAAGCUACCGUCAGUAGAAAAACCCUUUUAACUAUAGUUAAUCUAUUACGAAAAUCUACGGCAGGUCUAAGAAGGGUAUUUGAAUUAUAUUUUUACAUGUUAAUAAAUAUUAAUGUUAUAUCCAAAUGUUGAUUGUACUUAUAAUAAUGACAAUGUAUAUAAGUAGGAAUUUGAGUAAAAGGCUCUGAAAAUGUUUUUAAUAAUGUUGUACGCUAUAUAAGUACUAUGCUUCUGGAUAGACAAUAAGACAAUACCGAUACUACUUAAAAACAAACUAAUAAAAAUUAUUACAACCACUAUAAAUAAUAUAUAAUAAUAUCAACCCUGCUGAGCACGGGCCUCCUCCACUGAGAGGGAUUAGGCCUUAGUCCACCACGCUGGCCUAGUGCGGGUUGGUAGACUUCACACACCUUCGAAAUUCCUAUAGAGAAUUUCUCAGAUAAUGCCACACACAAUCCACGAUGAUCGCCUCAAUAUUGCUCGUAGUUCGAUGAUUGCAAACAAGACUAACUCACGACACCUUUUUGUAUCCGGAUUUGAACCACAGACUUUUUUUGAGUGACUUUCCCGCCCUCACACCCACCACUACAACUCCUGUAAGCCAGGAUCAGCAGUGGCAUUGUAUGACACCGAGCAGUGAAGCUCGGCGAGUCUCAGGGAAAACUAAUUUGUCAUUAUCCCGCAACGAAAUUAAUCAAAUGCAAAUAUAGGGGGAGUUGGAAAUAUUAAUUGUCCACUUGAAAAAUAAUUGAUGAGAAACAUGUUAACUCACAGAGAACCACAUACGUUUGUGGAACAUUCCUCAAAGAUGUUCGAGAAGUCUAGUACAAUUCUAGUUGACAUUUUUUUUUUAAAUAGAUUUAUCAAAACUGAUCCAAAAUCUAUGGGGAAAAGAAUUUUUAAAAUCCACGCAAUAAUGAAUAACUUAUAAAGCUUUGAUAUUUGGUGGAAAGGGAAACUGUCAAAUUAUAGUACUAUUGAAAUGUGACGAGUACCACCGGCCAUAACGCUGCGUGAGUGAGAAAAGGACAGCGCGUUAUUCCCACCACGCCCCCACUAUUGCUCACAACAAUAUUUCAAAUAUGCAUAACUGCAUUAUUCCUCAACCAAAUUCGAUGUUGAUUUCACAGAAGAAUUUCUUUUUCAUAUUACUUUCUGUUACAUAUAAAAUAAUAAACUAAAUCAAAGAUAGGAAACUAGCCUAUUAACGUCCGUUAUAGUUUCCUCGUCAUUCUGGAAACAUCGAGACCCUUCGAGAACUUUCUAUCGUUGAACCUGGGCGGUCCGCGAGCCGCCACAAAUAGGUGAUAAUUUAUGCAGUUUCUAUGUUUAAAAAUAUAUAAAUACAUCACAAUAAUCGAUAUCACAUAACUGUUGCGGGUUUGUUAUAUAGGCACUAUUUCAAUGGUACAUAUUAUAUAAGUUGUUGUUUUACAUUCCCGCCAUAUUGACUGAGGUUGGUAUACUCCACCGAAUCAAUGUAAGAAUAAGUACCGAAAAUUAUACUUUUAAAAAAUAAUUAUUGAUUAAAAAUAUUACCACCCAUGUAAUGGAAUCAUCGCGACUCAGUUUGAGAUAGGACUUACGUUGUAUUAUUAGAUGAUUAUGUGUACCCAUCACAAUGGACUCUUUAAACAUGGUGGGGAUGCAAAACAACACCUUGUAUAUGUUAAGAUAGGUGUAUUUAUAAUAAUAUUCAUGUAUGCAUUUAGUAAUUAACAAUUAUUGAACGUAUAAUAGGUACUGGAGUAGUCUAUUAGCUUAAGUAUAUCGAGGAAAUCCAAUAUUAUGAGAAUAUUAAAAUAGGCGCCAAAGAAUGGCUUAGAGGUAGGUUACAUAAACAGGGCAAAAAUGCCAAUAAUUCGUAUAUAAAAUAUUAUAUCUUUUAAGUCAAUGAAUGCAUUGUGUAGUUACUUCACUGUGAAUUUUAUUAACAUUAGAGAAAAGAAAGUAAGGUAUAGCUACAAAGCGAUAUGAUUAGCUAUUUUCGUGACAAUAUUGUAAACGCUUCCCGUAUUGGUCAGUUAUUGGCGGCCAUUUUGUUUUUUUAAUCUCUGGCAUUCCUACGAAAAUAAGGCAAGCCUAUGCUUUAUAGAUGUUAAAUAUUUGUAUUUAUGCUUCGUAGUGUUAUAUAGGGUGUUGCUGAAAAAAGGUACCAAUGAUAACUUUAUAUUAAAGCUGGAUGAGUAUAACAUAAUUAUAAAUUUUGAAAAGAGGACAUAUAUAUUAAUAAUAUAAUC